AUGUUCUCUGUUUAUUCUUCUUUCUUGCUUCAUUUUACUUUUCUUACUUCCUUUUUUCUUAACUCUUUUUCCUUCUUUCGUUGUUUUUCUAUCCUUCUUUUUUUCUUCAUUUUUUCCCCUUUUUACAUGUUCUUUUCAUUUUAUUUUUUCUUUCUCCUAUCUUUCCUUUCUUUCUUCAUUUUCUUUUCUCGCUUUUUAACUAUUUACUUCACUUUAUCUUCUUUCCUUUCUUCUUCCUGUACUUUUUCGUUUUCUCGUUUCGUUUCUUCGUUCUUCACGUAUGUCCUUCAUUUUUUUCUUCUUUUCUUCCAUCUUUUCCUUCAUUCUCUUCUUUCCUUUUCUUCAGCUUUUCAUUCAUUUUUUUUCUCUUUUUUUCUUGUCUGCUUUCACAGAUUCCUCUCUGUCUUUCUUCUAAAGUUCAAACAAUACCUGCUCUUUCUUUCUUGCUUGCUUUCUUUUGUUGUCAGUCUCAUCUCACUUUGCUCGGUGUAUCUACACAAACCUUCCUUGAUACCGUCUUCACCGACCUACCUACCGCCAUUACAAAAUACAUUCUGCAUUAUUUUCGUGUUCUCUACCAACUUGACUCCCGACUCGCGAUCGAUACACGCUUCUCCUUCCCGUUUUUCUCUUUAUCGCCUUCUCAUUUUCAUAUCAACUCAAAUCUGA